CUGCUAUCACCACCACCACCACCACCGCCGCCGCCACCUCACCCCACGGCAGACGGCCCUGCCACGCCCGCCCGCCGCUCGUCGCGCAGUGCCUCCAUGUCAUCGUCGUCGGUCGCCACAGUCAAGCGGUCGGCCUCGCUCAAGGACGCCAGCGCGCUCCUGCAUUCUUCGCCCAAACCCCACACGCGAGCCACACCGCCCCCGGCGGCCUCCCGACGACGUUCGAGCGCGGCCAACGGCGCUGCAGAUGGCAUCCCGCCCGUGACCGACGUCGCUGUCCUCAAUCGCUGGUCUCAAUCCACGACGGCCUCGCACCACGACCACGAGAGGCGCCACCACCAUCAGCACCACCCAAGCUUCUCGCGCAAGCUAAGCUUUGCCUCGACCGGCGCCGCCAAUGGAGCUGUACCACACCCAUCUUCGCCCGCACGCAUCCACUCCUCGCCGCCCUCGCGCUCCACCAAGCCGCACACCACCCCCAGCCGCUCGCCCACGGCCAGUCCCCGCCGCCCCAGGCCACGCUCGCCCGCCUACGAGCCCCCGCAGUCCGUGACGGCACCCCCCAAGCUGCCAUCGCUCCCGCCCGUGCUCCUCCCUUCGACAGUCUACGACCCCAAUACCCCAACCAGCAGCUCCGCCACAAACUCGCCCUCUGCAUCCAGCAUCUUUGCCCCGAACCUGCAGUCGGUACCCCCGCCGCGCGACUACUUCAGCGUCAAGCCUGCUACCCCCCAGCCGCUCCCCAUACAACGCCCGCCCUCGCGCACCAGAGUCGACAAAGUCCUGGGGAAAUCGCCCCUCGCGUCGCCUGCCAUACUCAACGAGACGGACCCAAGACGCGACUCCACCUCGGGCCCAGGUCGGCCCUCGACCGUACAACGACCCCCGGGCACCACCACCCCUAUUACCACCAACACCACUACUACUACUACUACCGUCGCCACACCGCGAGACUCUGCGCAUAAACCUUCGCACUCGGCCAGCCAUAGCAGACAUAUUUCCUCGCGGCGGCACUCGCGGACGCUGAGCAAAGACCACUCUCGAAGCGCCAGCAGAACUCACGCUACGAGCCCGAGCAGGGAUCAUCAUCGAACCGAGAGCAAUACCAGCACUAGGCUUGACGAUCCCUACCAGGGCACCCCUCCCCGCACUCGCGAGAAGAGGGAGAAGGACAAGAAGACAAUGUUGUCACGGGCGCUGCAAAAGGCAAACACGGCCGUCCUGCUCGACAAUGCCCAAAAUUUCGAGGGCGCCAUGGAGGCGUACGAGGAUGCCUGCAAGCUCCUCCAGCAGGUCAUGAUCCGAAGCUCCCAAGAAGAGGAUAGGCGCAAGUUGGACGCUAUUCGAGUAACAUACACAAAUCGAAUAGAAGAGCUCCGCCGGCUGGAUCCUGCCUAUACCCAUGGCAGUGGUAAGUCAUUGCCUGCUCGUCCCAUGAGCGGGGAAUCGCUGGACGAACACCGCUCAAUGCUUCUGCUCGAAGAAGACGAGGACGAGGACGAGGAGCCUGUAGUCGUGCAAACCGCGUCUGUUUCGCGAAUUGUAAACGAUCGCUCCGUGUACGAAACCCCGUCGGCGGGUGAGGCCGAAUACCCCCCCUCGCAACACCAACAAUUGCCGCUGCGCAAAGACUACGAAGGCUCCCGCGAGUCGGUCAUUUCGACGGCCAUCCGAGAUGUACAGAGAGGCCUUCAAAGCUCACAAUUCAGUUUACAACCACCGCCGGGGCGGUUGGCACCCUCCGCAGCUGUCGGACGGUCUUCCGCCGACUCGGCAAUGGACCGCACUUACAUGCCCCCACCCCUCUCACCAAGGCGGUCCAAAUCUCCUCUAUUCGACAGCAACGCCGCUUCUAGACCAGAGGAGUCAAGCCGAUUACUACAACCGCAGCCGCCGGUACAAUCCCACCACCAGCGCGUCCAUAGCAAUGAGUCGACAUCGUGGCUGGACACCAUAGACGAGUCGGGAGGAUCAUCAUGCUCUUCUUCGGUACAUUCCAUGUCCCCCGGGGGACCGCGCCGGAAGCACCUACGAAAUCCAAGCGGAGAGACCGAGGCAGAGUUUGAUGCUGCACUCGACGCAGCCGUUGAAGCGGCCUAUGACGAUGGCUACGAACCUUAUGAUGACGACCUCUCGACGCCGGCCGACGUGAUUGCAACCAAGCUGCGGAACGUGGAAUUGGCAAAGGAGCGCGUGCGCGAGGCAGAGCGGGAGGAGGCCAUUGCCGCGGCCAAAUUUCGUUACAAAGAAACUCAAAUCCGGAACGAGGCGCUACCCCAUGUCCGCGAGAGUGCCGAAAUUACUUUGAACGAGGAGGCGGAAGAGGAGGAAAGGCUAUUGGACGAAAUGACAAGAGAGUACAUGCUGGAUGGGUUCGAUUUUGACUUGCAAACAAAGUCGGCGUUGCCACGGCAGUCGGACUCGAGCAAUUUUUCUGGAAGUACGUACAACAGCUCCGUGUCGUCGCACAGGACGACGGGCGGAACGUCGCUCUCAACCGUCACAGAAGUGACACACCCGUCAUCCAAGCCGCCGCCCUCACACUCGCCGCCCCCGGUCCCUGCCCCCUCUGGCGCGCUGCCUGCGUUGCCCCCGGUUCUCGAGUCACAGGCACCGCACACGGCCGACACAGCAGAGGUUACGCCACGACCCAAUACCGCUACCAAGGAAGCUGCUUCGGUACGGAGCCGCAGAUUGUCCGGGCAAAAUGCGAAAUCGCUCAAGAUCGAGACGUCUGUGCCUCACGUCCCGCCCGCGCCGCACACGGAGAAGCCGGUGGUACCAACUAAAGAUGCGUCUAUUGAUCUUCACGCUCCGCCCAAAUCAGCGGCGCCAUCCUUCAACACAAGCAAACCUUCACUAGACGCCACAUUUAAACUUCCUGCACUGCCGCAUUCGGUCCAACAGACGGGCCUCGCCGCCCCAUCACCACAACCUACACUCUACAGCCCCGCGGAUACUGGUCCCGCCCUGUCGCCAGCACCACAUGGCCUCGCUAAUGAGCCUGGUCUCGUGCCAGGUUCCCCAAAGACCGGGAAAACCCCAACCUUGGGAAUCAGAAAAAACAAGUCUUCACUUAGCCUGAAGCAGCGGAAUUUGUCAAUGUCUAGCCCGGAUGGCUCGGAUGGAUCCGUGGGAACGCCACUCAGCACCACCUUUUCGAUAAGUGGGCGGAAAGCCAGCAAUGCUGGGCUGCCUCUUCCAACGCCUAGCCUACCCACAUUUAACAUUGACGGACUACCGAGCGGCGGAUUGCAUCUGUUCGAGAGCGAUAUCCAUUCACCUUUUUCACCAGGAUCGCCAAGUCCAUCAGUUGCAAAUGCGCCCAUUCCGCUAGAGCCAUGUCCCGACUCGUAUCUGUUGAGGCCAUUUUGGCUGAUGCGGUGCUUCUAUCAAACAAUUGCGCAUCCCCGCGGAGGAUACCUGUCAACCAAGCUUUUUAUUCCGCGGGAUGUCUGGCGUGUAAAGGGCGUCAAGCUGAAGAACAUUGAAGACAAGAUUUCCAAUUGCGACAUGCUCACAGCAGCCCUGCAGAAGCUGGCUAUUGUAGACACAAACGACGCGGAUGCUGUGCUAGAAGAGAUGCAAUCGUUGGAACUUGUGCUCGACCAGGUCCAGAGCCAAUUGGCCAAGAAACUUGGCAAUGAAGUCGGCGUACAUACAGUCUCCAACCUCUUCAAAGAUGCAACUACCGUAGGCGAAGGCGCAUCGUCCGCAGACGGCUUUGGCAAGGGGCAAACGGGUAGCCAAGACUAUGUGCCCAGGGGCGCAGUGGCCCAAGGUAAAUCAUACCUGGCGUCGUUUCGCAAGCUGCGCUCCAAGAACUCUGGUGUCAAUCUCGCUGGCCUGGCUGGUACCGGCAAGAGUAGCGAAGUACCCAAGGAUACUUUGGUCAUGUCUACGCUUCCCAUGACGAGUUUGUCCAGCAUACGUUUCGCCAAGCGAGACUUUUCGAGCGUGGCUUUUGAAGGUCCCAAUGCUGGAUACAUGGAAUCAUUGGCGCGAUUGUUUGAUUCGGUUCAGAUAUUGGAUCAAAUCGCGCGCCAAGUCGAAGACCCAGGCCUCAAGCACUCGUCGCCCACGCACGUGGGCCUCGAGCUCUCGACUCGCCAUGCCGCAGAGUUCUUCGGCUUCUACAUUUGCCGCUUCGUCCUCUCGGAUGUGACGCUCAUGCUGGAUAAAUUCAUCAAGAGAGGAAGUGAAUGGGUCUUGGUUUAAAGAGCGAGAGAGAGAGAGACACACACACACACACACACACACACACAC